AAGCAUUUGAUUUGGUCUAAUAAACAGCAGCCGAGUGCAAUCCGAGGAUAUAGCAACACCGAGGAUUACUGUGAGAAAGUGCCAAGUGCUAAAGUGCGUUGUGAAAAAGAGAGCCGUGUGAACCGCAUCCGCAUCUAGUAUCCAUUACCCAUACGCACCGUUAACCCGUGAUUGCGCAGCCAUGAAAGCCUUCAUCCUAAUGUCCUGUCUGGCGCUGGCCGCCGCUCGUCCUGAAGCGGGCUACAACUACAACCGUCCUGGUGGCAGCGGCGGCUCCGGCGGCGGCUCCCAUGGCGGUGGUCUGGGCGGUGGCCUGGGCGGGGAAUUCGGCGGUGGCUCCAGCGGAGGAUUCGGCGGUAGCUCCGGCGGCGGAUUCGGAGGCGGUGGCUUCGGCGGCGGCAGCAGCGGCGGAGGCGGAGGCUUCAGCAGCGGCGGAGGCGGUGGCUUCUCCAGCGGCGGUGGUGGAGGCUUCGGAGGUGGAUUCGGAGGCGGCUCCGGCGGCGGCGGUGGCGGCGGAUUUGGCGGCGGCGGCAGCAUUGGCGGUUUCGGAGGCGGCGGCGGCGGUGGUGGAACUACCCUGGUGCAGAAGCACAUCUACGUCCAUGUUCCGCCACCAGAGCAGGAGGAGGUGCGCCAGCGCCCCAAUCUGCCCAUUGGCCAGUCCCAGAAGCACUAUAAGAUCAUCUUCAUCAAGGCCCCAUCGCCACCCUCGUACCAGGCUCCGGUCAUUCCCCUGCAGCCACAGAACGAGGAGAAGACUCUGGUCUACGUGCUGGUGAAGAAGCCCGAGGAUCAGCAGGACAUCGUCAUUCCCACGCCCGCACCCACGCAGCCCUCGAAGCCGGAGGUGUACUUCAUCAAGUACAAGACCCAGAAGGACUCGAGCGGCAUUUCUGGAGGAAACUCUGGCUCCAACUUUGGCAGCAGCUUUGCCACCGGAGGAGAUUCUGGCUUCGCUGGCGGCGACAGUGGCUCCGUCUCAGCCCCGUCCAGCAACUACGGACCCCCUGGAAAGUCUGGACCCUACUAAGUGAUUUCAAUCCAUCGAUAACUCAAAAUUGCGAACUUCGAACUCGGCUCAAGCUGCUGACUAGUCCUGUCGUUGACACGCCCCUAUUUCUCACUCGAGAACCACAUCAUCCACAUCACAUUUACCACCACCACACGAUCUUCGACCACCAUGUGUCCCUUACUUAUCUCAGACUAUCAUCUCCUUAGAGCGGGCGGCGCUUUCGCCCACGACUUUUGUACAUAAUACGUUUCCAAAUUUCAUUUCUACUCACUCUGUCCUUCCAUCUUUCACAUCUGUACAUUUUCCCCCACAACUGAUUAGAGUCUAACCUUCGGCACUGCCUGGAAAUUCUAUUAGCUAAUAGGCGACAAGGGCGGGUUCCUUGGAUGGGAACCUCGCUUGGCGUCCGGAAGAGCGAAUGAUGAUGAUGAUGAUUAGCGGAAGAUGAUUUAGCGGGGCUUGACAUGCUCCAUACAUAUAAAUAUAUAUUAAUUAUACUAGGUUUAAGUACUUUAUGCUCAAAUAAAAAAAACAACGGUGACAAAAUUACGAAAAAAAA